AUGUUGUCAGAUAACAUUAAACAAAAGAGCGAAAAGAAACUCAUUGCUGAUUUCGACGCUGUUUCAUUAUAUCCAUCCGCUAUAGCAAGACUUUAUACUUUAGAAGGUAUUCCAAAGGUUAUGAAGAAAGAAAUGUUAAGCACAGAGUAUCUCAUGAGACAUUUAUUUGAUGACGACCAAAAGGAACCCAUUGGUGAAAAGUUUAUGUCUGGCUUCUUUGUUCUCAUUAAGAUAACAGAGAUUGGAAUACAUAGACACUUUCCUUUAAUAGUUUGUGACCCUGAACUAAAUCCAGAACUUAACGUUCCCAGAAGUUCAAACACUUGCUGUUUAAUGUAUGUUGACCAUAUAACAUUACAAGACCUCAUAAAAUAUCAAGGUGUCAAAUGUGAAGUGUUGCAAGGAUACUAUUACGAUGGAAACAGAGAUAUUAGAAUAAGAGAUGAAGUAAAGAAGUUGUUUGAGUUAAGGUUAAAGUAUAAGAAAGAAGGAAAUCCUUUGCAAGAAAAUAUAAAGCUCAUUCUGAACAGUAUUUAUGGCAAAACUAUUCUAUCUCCGAUUGAGUCAAAAAUAACCAUAGUAGAUGACAAAGAUGCUAUAAGAUAUGCCAUCAGAAACUACAACCAUAUAGUGAAGUUCGAAGGUUUGGAUGGUUCAGAUAAAACUAUUUUCAAGCUAACGAAAAGUAUUUGCAGACACUUUAACUUCUGUCCACUUGGUGUUAACAUUCUGUCUAUGUCGAAGAGAAUAAUGUGUGAAGUAUUCUGUACUGCUGAGGACUUAGGAAUGGACAUCUUUUAUAGCGAUACCGACAGUAUGCAUCUCUACAAUGAAGAUAUCCCUCGUUUAGCUGAAGAGUUUGAGAAACGUUAUGGAAGAGUUCUCAUUGGUAAAAACCUUGGUCAGUUUCAUAGCGACUUCGCAGAAAUCACAAAAGAUAAACAAAGUUUAGCAUACAAGUCAAUAUUUUGUGGAAAGAAGACUUACAUAGACUUACUCACGAAUGAUUUAAAUGAAGUUGCAUUCCACUGCAGAAUGAAAGGC